AUGCAAAAAUUGAUAAGAACAAAAAAUGGUGAAGGUCUUGGGGAGAGUGAAAAAAAUAUAAAUUUAAGUAUAGACGAGAAUAGUGGUUUUUUUGAAUCAAUAUUUAAAAAUAUAAGAAAAAAUGAAUAUUUCAAUGCAGGUGUUGGUAUUAUAUCUGUAGGAGCUCUAGUUACUGUAGUGAAUAGAUUAAAUAGUUGUGUGUAUCAAGCUGUAAAAAAAAAUAUAUUUACAUCUCUUGAAAUAACUAUUAAUGAUAAUGCUUAUUAUUGGAUUUUAGAAUACAUAGUAAAGAAAGGAGUAAUUAGCAGACAUUUAAGCUUAAAAACACAGAUGACAAAUGAGAAAAAUAAGAAGAAUGUUCUUUUCUCAUUUUUACCAAGUGUAGGAAAUCAUUUAUUAUUUUAUGAUAAUCAUUUUAUAUUUGUUGAAAGAAGUCGAGAUAAAAAUAUGAUAUCUGAAGUUAACAGAUCAAUACCCUUUGAAAAUAUAAAAUUGAGUACCUUUAUAUGGUCAAAAUAUGUAUUUGAAAAAAUAUUAAAUGAUGCAAAAUUAUAUAUAGAAAAAAAAGAAGAAGGAAAAACAUUAGUAUAUAAAAGUUUUGGACCAGAGUGGAGACCAUUUGGUACUCCCAAAAAUAAAAGACCAAUAAAUUCCGUAAUUUUACCAGAAAAUCUAAACGAGUAUAUAAUUAAUGAUAUUCAAACAUUUUUAAAUUCAAGUAAAUGGUAUAUUGAUAAAGGGAUACCUUAUAGAAGAUGUUAUCUUUUACAUGGUCCUCCAGGAUGUGGAAAAAGUAGUCUUAUAACAGCUCUAGCUGGUUAUUUUGAUUUUAAUAUAUGUACUAUAAAUAUUAAUGAUAUAUAUUUAACAGAUGAUAGAUUUAUACAUUUAUUAGCAACUAUACCACCUAAAACUAUUUUAAUAUUAGAAGAUAUUGAUUUUAUUUUUAUUAACGAUCCUAUAAUGAAAUAUACAAAUAAUGAUCCAAACUCUUCAUCAAAUUCAUCUAUUUUUACAGGCACAAACAAUAAUAAUACAAUCAAAACAUUAGGAGUCUCAUAUAGUGGAUUAUUAAAUGCUUUAGAUGGUAUUGUUGCAACAGAAGAAAGAAUUAUUUUUAUGACAACAAAUAAUAUUGAAAAAUUACCACCUACCUUAAUAAGACCAGGAAGAGUAGAUAUGAAAAUACUUAUACCUUAUGCAAAUACCUAUCAAUAUAAAAAAAUGUUCCUUCGCUUUUUUCCUGAACAUCAUGAACUCUCUAACAAAUUCGCUAAGAUAUUUGAGAACUUCCAUUUAAGCAUGGCUGAAAUACAAUCUUUCUUUUUAUUUUCUAAGGUGGACCCUUAUAAAACUGUUCAAAAUGCCGAAGAAUGGGUAAGGACAUAUGCCCAGGCAAAGGGAAAAAAAGAAUAG